AUGUGUAGCAUGUGUGCAGACGGGCGUGAAAUAGUGGAUGAUGAUGUGAUUCAGUGUUCUAACUGCUCGGCUUGGUGCCACUUUGUGUGCACCAGACUACCACGGUAUCAACUUUAUGUAUAUAAGACAUCAACACGAAAAUACACAUGUGAAGUGUGUGUGAAAUGUCCAGAGGAUUUCAUAAUACUUGAAAAGAAAACCCUUACGAAACAGGCUAGUGACAAUGAAAGGAAAAGUUAUGAAUCAAAAUCAACACAGUCUAGUUACAUUGAAAUAAACAGUCGUGAAUCUAAAUCAACACAGUGUAGUAACAUUGAAAUAAAAAAUUGUGAAUCAAAAUCUACACAAACAGCUGCAGAAACUACUACCUACCAAAAUAAUGAAAGUUUAGAAAUUGGACUUGUGAAAAUUCUCGACCAGGUGUCAGAGGUGAACAAACACCUGCAGAAAUUAGAUGUACCAAAUGACAUUCAAGAUUUACGUACAGAACUUGAAAAACAGCGUGAAUGCAACACAAGAUCAAAUGUUGAAAAACAAUUUGAAAGUAGAGAAAAUAGAGAAAAGUCAAAAAAUAGUCAGUUAAUCAUUGAACUAGAGAAAGAGAAAGCAAAGAACAGUAAAAUGACUAUAGAAAUGGAACUUGAAAAAGCAAAGGAGAAAUCAAGAUACAGUAAACUAUUGUAUGAAUCAGAGACUGAAAAAGUGAAACUGAAAAGUGAGAUUGAGUCAAAUAACAUUAAACUAUCUUGUCAGGAAAAAUCUCAGAAUAUCUUCCAUACUGAACUGAAUAUGAUGGAAAAACGAUUUAAGCAGAAAUGUGACGAAAUAGUUGAACAAGAUAAUUUGAUUAGAAACCUGAAGUGUCAAAUUAAAAAGCUGGAUGAGGAAAUGUUAAGUAUAAAACUCUUAUUAAGUGCUGAUAAUGCCACUCAACCUUGGGAAACUGUCGCUGUAAACAAUAACAAAUCAACCACAACACAAACAAAUGAAAAAGUCACGAAAGCAACAGAGACUCUUGAGCAAAAUCCACAUACAAAUACAGACAAGAGAAACAAUCAAGAUAGACGGAAAUCAAAUCAUAGCCAGGAUAGCAUUAACAGAGACAAACCGACCAUUAUAGGAAAAAGAUACCCAGAUCAGUCAAAAAGUAACACCCAUAACAAACACAUGUUAAUGGUAGGAACUUCAAACAUUAAAUAUCUCAGUGCAAAGUACAUGGCUGACUUUGGGAGAAAUAAUCUGUAUGUAAAGAAACACAUAAGAUAUUCUUUGAAGGACACAAAAGAUUUUAUAAAAGGAUAUGAGGGAAUUCAGCCCGACAUGCUUGCAUACCUAGUAACCUGUAAUGACCUGGAGAAAAAUAAAUGUGACGACAUAGUCCGAGAUAUGGAAGACCUUAUCGAUACCACAAAUACUAUGUUUGGCAAUAAGCCUAUUGUCAUAUCUCUACCACUACCAAGGAAGGAGAGGGACAUCAACUUGAAGGCGCAACAAGUGUCGGCGGCUUUCAGAAACAAGCUCUAA